UGUGUGCGUGUGCUUCCGACAAAAUACUGUUAAUAGUCUGCGCUUGUCCGUGCUUUUCUUUCUGGUCCCUGUGUGUUCGUGUCAUUCUAUCUUGAAUAAGGAGUGCUUGGGUGUCCUCGGAAUUUUUAAAAUCUGUCCUCCUUUCUACCACUUUCGGGGUUUGAAUUCGUACGCGUAUACGUCAGCGACUGCGCAGAAUGCGAUAUAUUGUUCACCUGUACGCAUAUCUACUUUUGGCGUGAGCAACGCGUGGGUAUAGCAUCGCAUCCUGCAGAACAUCGUAUGGAAAAUACUAAAGAGCGAAGAAGAAGUAGAAGAACCGAAAUGGCGACGCCAGGCAGCAACGAAGGCUCGACCCCAGCACAACCAACCAAGAUGGCAAGCCCGACUGGGCCUGCAAGCACCCCGAUGGCGUCUAGGGGAGAGAGAACCGGAGGCGCUAAGGAUGCCGGAACCACGCAGGCCAGCAAUGCGCCUGCGCCCACUGUUCAACAGCCAGGCACCGCGGAACACCGCGCUGCAACAGUGCCCAACAACUCGAGUCCUGGCAGUGCGAUGAAGGUCCACAGAGCUACAGACGACGUCGCCACCGAUGGGCCUACUGGUGCUACGUCGACGAGCCAUCCGACGACGACAAGGGCUCCAGUCGCCGGCGCCCCGACACCCGAGCCUACGGAUCGGGGCAUUGCGAAAGCGCAGUGCGCUGAGCGGCCGGGGCCUGCGCAUUCUGGGAAAGCUAGCCCUGUCAAGACGCCGGGUGCUGGCCAGAUAACCACCGCUACGGUGACGUCGGGAGGAGCUAAAGGUCCUGACACUACAGUUAACGUCGAUGCCGCGACGGCGCCCGUCGGUGUUGGCGUCGUCGCUGAGGGAGCAGCUAACCGCGUAAUCUCUCCCGUCGUUACCUCUCCUAGCUUGGCAACUACCAGCACGACCACUCCCGAAGAGUCACCCCCCGGCGCGACACCGAUCGAAAUGGUGACGCCUCCAACCAGCACUCCCGAAGAGUCACCCCCCGGCGCGACACCGAACGGAAUGGUGACGCCUCCAACCAGCACAACGCCUCCUACCGUAACAUCUCACGUGACAUCUACCGACACUUCUGGUCCGAGCGCCACAGGUCAAAAGGCACUCAACGGUGCAACGAUGAAAAGCCCCACGGAACCUACCGCUGCGAAGGUACCAAGCCACGGCAAUAGUUCUGCUAUGAACUAUGGCACGGUGAAAUCUGGCGCCACUACGCCUCCCAACCCUACACAUACGAGUGCUGCAGCAUUGGCCGGGCCCACGUCACCUCCUAAGGUAUUUAAUGUUACGGGGCCCAACGACGCGAAGGUAAUUAGCGACGCCAAUCAUCCCGCAACUGCGGAUCCUGAAAAACCGAAGAGCGACGUGGUGGCGGCGUGUAGUGCCGCCGAUUCCGGUGGCAGGGCGGCGACGGUCGGAGCGGUGUUCGGAGCUGCGGAGACCGUGUCUACAAGAGCCACAGGUGCGUUGACGCCCGCAGCUACAGCCGGUUCCGCAACGAAGCCUGGCCGUGGGACGACGCCUCCCAGUGCGGCGGACCUCGACACUGCGGGCCCCAGUGGAAUGACGGCGGCCAGGAGGACGAAGCCCGGUGUUUCGCGACCAGUUGCUACUGCAUCCUGCUACGACGGGCAUGCCUCACGGCCUAGCUCUUCGAAGGCGCAACACACUCCCGCAACAUCGGCACCGUCGGUGAGGAAAUCGGCGGCUAUCAACCGUAUCCUCGAGGAACUGGAGGACGUUGUCCGUGACCCGCCGCCGUAUUGCUCGGCCGCCCCCGUGGACUCCGACGAUCUGUUCAAAUGGCGCGCCGUCAUAGUGGGUCCCGAGGGAACGCCUUAUGAAGGAGGGCUCUUCCGCCUGGCGAUCGCUUUCCCCGAUGACUAUCCUAAUAGUCCACCCAAGGUCACGUUCGUGACCAAAAUCUACCAUCCCAACGUGAGCACCGACGGUCACAUCUCCCUCGACAUCCUACUCUGGAACUGGUCGCCGCAGAUGAGAGUGGACCAAGUGCUGCUCUCCAUUUGUUGCCUGAUGCGGUCGCCGGAUCUGCAAAACGCAGUCAACGAGUACGCGGCCCUCUACUACAAGGAGGAGCCCGACAUGUACGAAAUAAUCGCCCGCGAGUGGACAACGUCGCACGCGACGUCCGGUAAUUAGUGGACUGCAGGAGUUCGGCUGGACUGGCCGUAUACUGCGAACAUCAUUUUGUAAUGCAGUGCAGUGGCGCUGCAGCUGACUCGAGCGCUAUGCGAUAAACGGAAGGUUCCGAAAACGUGGCGUCCGAGAUUCGGCAACUCGCGUAAUUGAGCGAGCCGUGUAGGCUAGUGUCCGCCGCCACGUUUAUCGCGCUGUCUCAUGUGUUUCGGGGGAAAUGUUUGGAAACCCGAAUGUUUGAAUUGAUGCCGAAGAAAUAAACUUGCACUUGACUCUACAA